UUUCCCCUCCCCUCGCCUCCCCUCCCUUCCCCUCCACCACUAUCCCAUCCCAUCUAUCCCUAUUCUAUCAUACAUCCGACCGACCGCCCGCCCACCAUUCUCCCGACUUCUCGCCGACGACAUCGCCGUUGUUUACACGCUGCUCAAUCAAAACACGCGGUACCGAUGUCUGCCUUCACCCCACCCGACAACAGCUAUCCCACCCAUCCAAACAUCAACGGUCCAGGGGGUUCUUCAGCCAGUGGUAAUGAGGGGUUGCCCAUUCAUCAUCAGCAGCAUCAACAUCAACACCAGCAGCAGCAGCAGCAGCAGCAACAGCAACAGCAGCAACACCAUGGCCUCCUCCCACUCCCAUACACUUACGAUGGCCAACCCCAGCAUCAACCUCAGCAGCACCCGCAUCCAAUGCAACUGCAGUACGGGAACAACAAUGGACACAUGAAUGGCCAUGGUCAUGUAGAUGAUGACGGUCAGCAGAUGGCGCAAGCACAAGCUGCUGGGUCUGGCGCAAGCACUGGUGGAGAAGGACCAAAGGGCAAUCGUUUGCGCAAAGCAUGCGACUCUUGCAGUAUCCGCAAAGUUAAGUGCGACGAAGCUGGCCCACCAUGCAAAGCCUGCGCUGCCCUCGACAUCCCAUGCACCUUCGACCGUCCCAGCCGACGUCGAGGGCCUCCCAAUCGCCAUGCUGAAGCUAUCAAGAAGCGCAGACUCGAUUCCCCUUCGAUGACCGGCGGCCCUUUCUCCUCUCCUACAUCCCCCAAUAAUGUUGCUGCGACACUCGCAUCCUUCUCUUCGCACGCCGUCCUCAAUGCCGAAUCCAUAUGCCCCUUCUCCACCCUCGAACUUCUUGUCGACGACUACUUCACCUACAUACAUCCUCUUGUUCCAUUCCCCCACGAACCGUCAUUCAGAGCAGCAUUCAAGGCAAGAGAAGACCUGAACAACCCACCUUUCUUGUCGUUAUUGGCAGCCAUGAUUGGAUCGUUGGUCGCAUCGUUUCCCCGGAACCCAAGAAUACAUCUCAAGGCACAGCAUCGCGAGAACUUGUUUCCCAACUCAAUCAGCCUGAUCGAACGUUGUCACAAGGUCGCCGUUGAAUCUCGAGGCGCGGGGUACCUAGACAAGCAGCUCAAUGUCUACGAUGCAGCUACGAGCUACUUGCUUGGUCUGUCACAUGCAUACACUCUCAAAUGGACGAGCUGCAGGCUGUAUUUCGGAGAGACUUUAACCAUCCUGAGGGUAGUGGGUGCCCAUAAGGUCCAGAAUAAUCUGUCUAUUGGUGCUCUGCCAACAGCGUUCGGUGCAGGUCCAGAGAGUGGAUUCGAGGAACUCCCCCAAGCAGUCGACUACGUCAAGCAGGAGAUCGGUAGGAGGAUAUUUUGGAUCAUGUUUCUCGCUGUCAGAUCAAUGCAGCAGCUUGGGGCUAGCUUCGGUGAACUUCUAAUUCCUCCCCCUACUCCUAAUGAACCGUACCCUCCAUACCCGGUUGAAGUCGACGACGAAUACAUCUAUCUCGAGAGGAUUGAUCAACAACCUGCCGGUAUUGUAUCAAAGCUCACGGGUUUCAACCUAGCUUGUGAAAUUUACAUGACAGUUACACCACUAGCUACAAUGGAGAUGGCGUAUGGUAUUGACGAGGUGUUUGAUUUCAACAGACAGAAGAAAAUAUUGGAAGAGUGCUUGCGAUCGGCUAAGAAGAUCCUGGUUGGCGUCCCCAAAGAGCUGGUGUUGAUGCAACCGAAUGCCUCGGGUGAUGGCUUCAGUAUUCCUGAGCGCCGAUACUUCCCACCUACCCAUGAAUACCCCGGAAUUAGGUCAAACGGUGUCGAAGCAUUACCAUGGCAACAAGAUGCCUCUGAUGCACGGAGACAGCUUCAGUACGAGAUUCAGAAAGCCAACAUAUAUGCCAGUCAAUUGGGCACUCGUUCCUAUAUUGUUGAGAAAUACUUGAAUCUUCACGAAACCCAUGACCGCAUGAAAGAGACUUCCAGCACUUCACCAUCGGUUGCCAAUUUUCCCAGUACAAUGGCCACUGGCUUGGACGGUAUGCUUCCAAAGCAAUCCCCAGGCAGCAAUUACGACAGAACGGAAUCGGUUGUAGCAGCUGAGCGAGAGAAUAUUGUAAAGGACUUGCUGCAGGUUCUGGGGGCUAUCAGCCAGGUCAAUAUGGAGCCAAAUGGUGGCAGCUUUAUCAACAAAAUCCGUCAGAUUGCAUCAACCCUGAUCGAUACUCCACAGAACCGCAAGGGUCCGCUCGCGGUGAAGACCGAAGAUUAUUUGGGCAAAUUUCUCGAAGUUUUGAUGAAGCUAGAACGAAUCAGUCCCGCGAUCAAGACUGAGUCUGGUGAUGUCGACGAGGAAGAAGAGCUGCGUAAUUGGGCGGAUCUGCGGGAGGCUCAAAUGCAAUUCAUGCAAGCUGGAGGAUUCAUGAACGCGAUUGGCUAA